CAUGAAGUUAUACUUCUAUUGCUAGAAGAAUACAAUUUAAGACAAAAUGACUUUGUAACGGGAAAAAUAUUUAAAAAAAAAAUAUGGUCUUUAAUUGCGGAAAUGGAUAUAAAAGAAAUAAAACAUGGAUAUAAAAUUACAGAAAUACAAUGUUUAUCUAAAUUUUCAGAGUUAAAACGAACAUAUAAAGCUGUAAAAGAUCAUAACAACAAAUCUGGCAAUGGAAUACGAUCAUAUUUUUCUCAUAUGGAUAUUUUACUGGGUUUAAAACUUUUUAUGUCUUCCAUGAGUACUGUCUUGUCUACUGGUAAAUGAACCCAGCAAUAACGAAAAACGGCGUAAAAUUGUAUUUUUCUUUCCUCGACCAAUUAUCUAUCGGAGUACCGACACGGUGAUUCUCCGCGAUUCCACUG